AUGGCAUCUUUACCACCACUCGCACCCUUCCCCCCGCCAUCAUGGCGACAACAUCUCUCCGCCAGCGAAUGGAACUCACUUCUUCAAGCCUGGACAUCAAUCUGCCGCGCACUUGUUGCACUUCCCGAAAAGGAUCUUAAGGAAACUUUGUCGCGCUUCGAUAGUGAUCGUUUAGCGCGUGAUGAUUCUGUUGCAACAUUUCUGUCCUCGUUUGCGGAAGAGACAGCAGAGGCAGGCUUCACAAUCCUAGAAUCUCACUCAACAACACUACCCAAAGCUGUUUUUCAACUUAUUUCACGAGUCUUUUCUGUGUCUCCGCCUUCACAACUCUUCGACUAUGCAUUCUUGGCAAAUGUCGCGAGAAUAUUUCCUCGGAAAGCUACAGCACCUCUUAUUGCAAAGCUCUUCCAACAACAUGCAAGCGAGAUAGAGGCGAGUCUUACCGGACUGAAGAAGCAGCUUAUCCCUCAGCUGGAGGCCGGCAUUAAAGGAGAUUUGAAGGCGGUUGAGGCUCGCCUGAUACGGCUAAACUAUCUUCUACAUGCCUCACCAGAUGCCUGCACAUUAUUUCUCGCUGGCUCUGAUUUCCUUGACGGUCUUAUUGUGUGCUUUCGCGUCAUGAACCCACCUCUACGAAAAGUCAUCUUGACAACCACUUAUCUAUGCCUUAUUGGACUAAUAGACAUUGAGCCGGCCAAGUGGUCUAUGCUGAGCGAUCAGCUCUAUGCUCUCAAGGAAGCGGCUGAUGCCCACAAGGUCGGCCCUCUCAAUGUCAACGAUUCUCUCGUCCCUGAACUUAUCACCAAUACACCUCUACUAAAAAUUCUACUGCGAAGAGCUGAGGACUCUGGAGUAGCAACGGACAAUUUCAAGAAGCGAAUCACAGCACUCGAGGCCUAUAGAAAGGGGGCGAUGGUUCGCCCUAAACGGUUGGUGAGACGGAAAGUUGACAAAGGAAAAGGAAAGGAGUCACAGCAAGAAGUGGAUGCUGAUAUUCACGUUCACCGAAUGAGUCACAUCACGCAGGUCCAGGAUGUGUUCCCUCACCUUGGAUCUGCGUUUAUAUCCAAAUGUCUUGAUGAAUAUGGAGAGGAUGCGGAGCAAGUCGUUAUGAACUUGCUAACUGCGGAAUUACCGCCUCACUUGGCCAACGCUGACCGUAGCGAAGCAUUGUACGAUAUACUACAUCAUCAGAUUGAUUCUCAGCUAACCACGAGCAGGUCAACACACCCAGAAGAUAAACACACGGAUCUUGCACCACGCUCUACUCCACCACAAGUGCCUACGCGGCAUAAUGUCUUUGACGAUGAUGAUUUCGACCGCCUUGCGAUGGAUGUUUCAAAGGUUUCAUUCGGGAAGAAGCCCGGGAAAAGUGCCGAUGAGUUGCUCAAGGACAAAGAAAACGCCCCGAACAAAUCGGCUAUCCUCUCUGCCCUGGCGGCAUUCGAUUCAGAUGACGACGAACGUGACGAUACCUACGAUGCUGAUGAUGUUGGUGGUACUGUCGACGCAUCCAACCAGGAAGCCGAUGCGGCGAGUGAUGGUAACGAGGAGGCACUCUUCCGUGCCUACCAGAUGGACUCCAAGCUGUUCGACCGAGACGCUGCAACAAGACGUGGCAGUCCGCGAGCCAAGUUGAGACAGGAGACCGGCAUGACCGAUGAAGCAAUCGAGGGUUGGGCUCUCAUACUCGUCAGAAACCCGCAGCAGAAGCGGCGACUGGAAGCAAAGUACGCCUUCAGUGGACAGCAGGCGCAAUUGGAGCGUACGUCCUGGCGAGCCUCUCCAGCCGGAUCAGGAGAAGAAGGAAGUGAUCCUGAUGGUGGGUCAUCCAGAGGUGGAAGAGGAGGCGGUCGUGGCCGCGGCCGAGGACGUGGUCGCGGAAGAGGAGGCAAUGUCGCAGGACCGACAGGCGAGAAGGAGACAGAAAGUGCCAGGAAGAACAAGGAGGCGAACAAAGGAUCUCGGGCGAAUCAUAACCGCCGCGACGCUCGAGCUAAAAAGAUGGCAAGAGGAGGCUUUGCUGGCUGA